AUGUCAAAUAUAUGCCUGCAGUAUACACAUAUACGAUGCCGAGGACUAAGUGUAAGAGCAAAGACCAAAGCAGGAAGCAACAAUCCGAGGAGGGCACGGCAACAAGAAACGUCAGAAGAUCGUGAAAUGCGGCGAGCCAAAGACAAAGUAGCAAAACAGGUAAGCAGAACACAAGAAACAGUAGACAACUGUACAACACACCGUAAAUCAAUGAGAGUAAAAAUGCAAAAAAUGCGAGCACAAGAGACUGAAGAAGCUAUGACAAAUCAACGUGAUUCGAACAAAGCAAGAAUGCAAGAAAACAGAGCAGAAGAAACUCCAGAAACAAGUGCUUCCCGCCGUGUUUCAAACAGGGAAAAAAUGCAAGAAAUCAGAGCACAAGAAACUCCAGAAGCAAGUGCUACUCGCCGUAUUUCCACGAGAAUAAGAAACAGAGAAGCCAGAGCACCAGAGACCGCAGAAACACAUGACUAA